CAUCCUCCGGUAUGAUGUAUUUCACUCAAUUCCUUGCUCUUUUUUCAUUCCAUUGUUAAUAUGCGGUUGGUACAAAAAAAUGUAGAGAAAACAGGUUCUGGGGAAAUUACAAUGUACCCGGAAGAGCCUGAGGACAUGUGGCACCUUUACAAUAUCUUACAAAUUGGCGAUCAGCUCAAGGCUUCCACGGUUCGUCGUGUUGUCAAAGUUGGAGCUACAGGUACCACUUCAAAUUCUAGAGAAAAAAUGACCUUGAAAGUUUUGAUAGAGGCUACAGAUUUUGAUACGAAGGCAGCUGAAUUACAUAUCAAGGGAAAGACGACAGAAUAUCAUCCCCUCGUAAGGUUGGGUUCAUAUCACACAUUGGAUUUAGAGUUGCACAGGAACUUUACGCUUUAUAAAAAUGAAUGGGACUCAUUUGCUUUAGACAGAGUAGAUGCUGCUUGUAAUCCAUCUAGAAAUGCUGAAAUUGGUGCGGUGGUUCUCGAGGAAGGUAUUGCAAAUGUUUGCUUAAUUACAGAUUAUAUGACCAUUAUGCGUCAAAGGAUUAAUCAAACAAUUCCUAGAAAGCGCAGAGGUGAUAGCAGCGCUUAUCAAAAGGGAAUAAAUAAGUUCUACGACACCGUUUUCCAAGCAAUUUCUACAGAGCUUGAUUUUGAAAAACUUAAAGUCAUUAUCUUAGCUUCUCCCGGUUUUGUCGCAAAAGGUUUAUAUGACUAUAUUAUGGAUAUGGCUGUAAAAUUGGACCUGAAACACGUUUUCAAAGCAAAAGAAAAAUUCUUGAUUCUUCAUUCUAGUACUGGCCAUAUUCAUUCUCUUAAUGAAGUUCUCAAAAGUUCAGUAGUUGAAUCCAGCUUGGCUGAUACAAAAUACAUUCAGGAAAUCCGUGUUCUAAAUAAAUUUUACCAAGUUAUGAAUGAUGAUGAUAGACGUGCUUGGUACGGUCCCAAACAUGUCGAAAAGGCUUUUGAAAUAGGUGCUAUCGGUGAACUACUAAUUAGCGAUUCUCUUUUUAGAAGCUCCGAUAUUGCGACUAGAAAAAAAUGGGUUAGUCUUGUCGAUACUUUAAAAGAAACUAAGAGUACCGUUUAUAUUUUUAGCAGCCUUCAUGAAUCUGGGAAGCAACUGGACUUAUUGUCCGGGAUAGCUGCUAUCUUGACAUAUCCUGUCGAAGAAGAGGACAUAGAGGAGGACAUAGAGGAGGAAGAAAACGAAGACAGUUAACGCAUAUUCAAUUCGCCAAAACUUAUCCCUUUUAUUAUUAUAUUGUUCAACGAACAAGAGGUUUACAAUGGGAAUACAGAAAGUUUUUGAAGUUAUUUUGGUUGCAAUAAAAAAAUGUAAUCUUCAUAUCUAGUA